AUGCGUAGGCAAUUGUGGUUAGAUCUGGAGUUGUCGAUAUCCGCUUUGGUUCCUUGGCCUGUGAUGGGGGAUUUCAAUGCAACCUUGCUCUCGCAUGAGAAAAGAGGUCCUGGUAAGUUUAAUCUUGGAUCAGCUGCUGAAUUCCAGGCAAUGGUUGAUGCGUGUGAAUUGCUCUCUAUCCCUUCUCAGGGAAAGAAAUUCACUUGGACUAACAAUCGUCGAAGGGGUCAUGCAGUUGCAGUGUUAGAUCGGAGUUUUUGUAAUGGGAAGUGGAUAGAUGUGUUUAGAAAUGUGAAGCAGCGUGUUUUGUUGUCUUCGGUAUCAGAUCAUGCCCCUCUAUUUGUUGUCUCUGAUGAUGUUCAAAGACCUACAAAUAUCCCCUUCAGAUUCCAUAGCUUUUGGAUGGAAAAUGAUCAAUUUAUCUCCGUGGUUGAGGAAGCUUGGAAAACUCAGAUAGGAGGUAAUCCAAUUUUCGUUCUGGCACAAAAAUUAAAGCAGGUCGAGGAGAAUUUAAAGGUUUGGGCAAGGGCUACCUUUCCUAACCUGAAUGACGAGGUCGACAAAGCAAAGCUGGAAUUAAAGAAGGUUCAAGACAUGAUAGAGGUGGCUGGGAUGAAUGAUGAAUUAUUUAACAGAGAGGCAGAUGCAAAAACAGUAUUAUUGAAGGCCAACCAAAUGUACGAGAAGUUGUGGGCUGAAAAAGCUAAACUGAGAUGGAUGAAAAAUGGAGAUUGUAACUCAAAAAUUUUUCAUCUUUCAGUGAAGCUUAGGAGGUUGAAAAAUCAGAUCACCUCCCUAAAAAAGGAAGAUGGAACAUGGGUUUCAGACCAACAGGGAAUAUCGUCUUAUGUCUCUGAUUUUUUUGAGAAAUUUCAUGAGGGUGAUGCAGUCACAGUUCAUAAUGACCUUCUUGAUAAUAUUCCCAGAGUGUUGGAGGAGGAGGACGUGGCAGGAUUGGAGAUUGUCCCGAGUGGGGAUGAAAUAAAACAAGCUGUUUGGGAUUUAGAUCCUGUAAGCUCUCCAGGUCCUGAUGGGUUCCCAGGCAGCUUCUUCAGGCGAUGUUGGGCCAUUGUUGAGGGUGAUUUUUGUAGGGCAGUGAAAAAAUUCUUUGAGGAAGGGCGGCUUCCUAAAGGAAUAAACAAUUGCUUUAUUUCCUUGAUCCCCAAAGUUGAGGGUGCGGCCUCUCUAGAUAGGUUUCGACCUAUAUGUAUGGGAAACUUUUAUUGCAAAGUGAUAUCAAAAAUACUAUCUUCAAGAUUACUUGUUUUGCCUAAAUUGGUCUCGGAAGAGCAAGGCGCUUUCCAGCAGGGUAAAAUAAUUUCAGCAAAUAUCAACCUCGCAUCAGAACUGUCAAAUUUGAUGCACUCUUCGGUUAGGGGUGGUGGAACGGGGUUGAAGCUCGAUGUUCAAAAGGCAAUGUCAAUCUUGGUGAAUGGUGGCCCAGUGGGGUUCUUUGGGGUUGGUAGAGGUCUCCGGCAAGGAGAUCCUUUGUCUCCCUUCUUAUUUAUUCUGGCAAAAGAGGUUCUCUGUAGAGGUCUUAGAAGCAUGGUUGAUGGUUCGCUGAAAACUACCUACCUUUCCUCUUCGAUAUGGCCUAGUCUUAAAAAGAUGUGGAGGUGGGUAGAGUCUCAUGAGCAAUGGACUGUUGGGAAUGGUCAGAGGAUAAAUUUUUGGAAAGAUAGCUGGCUGGGACAGAAGCCUAUUGAGGAGUUGUAUGGCCUGCAGUUAGGUCUCUUUGAUUCAAUGCAAGCAAAGGUUUCCGAUUUCAUUUGCCAAGAUGAGUGGAAUUUUCCCCAGUUACUAGUUAUGAAGGAUUGGAAGCUCACAGUUCUGAAAAAAUAUCGGAGAGGGUUCCUUGAAAGGCAGCAUGGCCUUGCAUUAACGUGA